AUGGAAGAGAUCAAUGCUAAAGGAGUGAUCCUGAGGGCCCUCGACGAGUACAGGCUCAAGUCAUGCAUCGACUUCAGACCAAGGAACGGAGAAUACUAUUACAUCUCCGUCAGAAAGUUAAACGGAUGCUUCUCAUAUGUUGGAAGUAUAUUUAGUGGACAGGAACUCUCCAUCGGGAGAUUUUGUGAUUCAAUGUCCAUUGUUCAACAUGAGUUUCUCCACGCUCUUGGCUUCUUCCAUGAACAAAGCCGCUAUGACCGAGAUGAUCAUGUAAAGAUUCUGUUUGAGAACGUCGAAAAAGGUUUUGAGAACAACUUUCAGAGAGUUAAUAAGACAGACAGCACGGUUUCGGGACUCCCAUAUGACUACAACUCAGUGAUGCACUAUGGCUCUGGAGCAUUCUCCAAUGGAAACGGGUCUACAAUUGUCACCAAAGAUCCAAACUUCCAGAAUGUGAUUGGUCAAAGACUGCAAAUGAGUCCAAUCGAUGUUAAGGAGCUGAACCGCCGCUACAAAUGCAAGUCAACCACUGCAUUUCACAUGUUCUGCAGCUUCUCUAAUGGAAACAUGUGUGGAAUGAACACCUGCUCAAACAGUGACAAUGACAGUGGCUGGGAAAUGGUAAAACAAGCACAAGGGGGGCCUGAAACGGACCACUCCACUCUACCCACUGCCAGCAGUAAGAAUGGUACAGAAGAAGGUUAUUUCAUGCAUGCUAGCACAGCAAGCGGUGAGGAAGGUAAAACCUCACGGCUGGAGACCAAGAUGAUGGAGCCAACCAGAGAGUGUCAUGUCCAGUGUCUCCAGUUCUAUUAUUACCACAGUGGGGACGAGUCAGACAUACUGAACAUCUGGAUCAGAGAGUUUGACGAUCAAUACGACUCUGAGGGAACUCGGCGCCUCAUGGGACAGAUCACUGGUCCCCAAACAUCUCACUGGCGCAUCCAUCAUGUUUCCCUGGAUGCCACCAAGCACUUCCAGGUUGAGUUUGAGGCUCGUACAGGAGCAGGGAACUCUUCAGGCGGUUUCUCAAUUGAUGACAUUAAUCUGUCCGAGAUCGAGUGUCCACAUGGGUCCUUGCAGAUAGAUAAUUAUAUGGAGAAUGACAACAAAACAUCCAUCAUCUACAGCCCACGGCAGUACACCAUAGACGGCUAUGCCUACAGUAUAUCAGUGCAGUUUAAGGGAUUUUAUUUGUCACUGUUUAUGCAAAUGUUGUCAGGCGAAAAUGAUGAGAAGCUGCAGUGGCCUUGCUUACAAAGGCAAAUUACUCUACGAAUGCUGGAUCAGACAACAAACUUACAGCUGCACAUGUCAGCUGAAAGAAGUUUCACCUCUAGCCCAAAUGACGUCAACAACUUUGGUUUAAGUCCAUGGGACAAUCCUCGUAAGAAUGGAACUGAAUUCGUUGAUGAGAAUAAUCAGACUGCCUUUGCCGGACCAUUGAUGGGCUACACAACUUUUGCAUAUCGUGAUCUAAUUCAAUCCAGAAACUACGUCAAGGGAGACAGUUUGAUUAUAACCUUCAGCUUCCAAGAUCUCAAUCCCUUGAUAAAUGAGAGUGCUUUACCAUGUCCUGAGCUGGCACCAGUGAAGAUUGCACAUCCUCCCAUCGAUCUGGAUAGUGGCCCAUGUGUACCACGGAUCACCCCCGUCACACCUCCUCCUACAACAAAGCCUCCUAGAACGAUGCCUCCUAAAACAACUGAUGACAAAAGCAUCUUUGGCUUCUCUCCUGCAAUGGUGGCUUCUCCUGUCCUCACCCUGCUGCUCGCACUGAUGCUUUCAAUGCCAUGAUGGACAGGACCAGCAAUUUGCCUUGAUUUCUUAUCCAAGAAAAGGCUGUACUGGGAGACACUGGUCAGGGGAUACAUAGUUCAUUCAGACCAGAGCCUUGCUCUUGUGUCAUCAACAAUUGAGAAUUGAAGAAAUGCCUCCAAUAAAAAAAAAAUUGCAUUGUGUGGUGGGAUCGUAUAUACUUUUGUUAGUUUUGCAUACCGAUGAUCAUUUAUUGAUUAUUCUUGAAAAUAUGUUAAGUGGUUUGUGGGAUAUCAUGUAAUACUAUAUUUCUUUAGGGAUAAAACACACACCAUAAACACACAUACUUUAAGAUUACUAUUGAUGUACUGAUGUAUACAUGUUAUUGA